AUGGGAGCAUUAAGUAAAAGAAUUCAACUGCCCCUGGGGCCUUUAGAGAUUGAAACAAAGGCUAUGGAGGAAGGCAUUCAGUUGGCAAAAGAUCUUAGUCUGAAGGAGAUCAUCAUCGAGGGAGAUGCAAAACAGGUGGCGAUGGCCAUCUCCGAUUCUUCUUCGGCCCCAAGCUCGAUCAAGAAGGUGAUUGAAGGAAUGCGUUUCUGUUUGCUGCAUUUUAAGUACUGGAAGGCUUCCCAUGUUGGCAGAAAUGGAAACAUGGUUGCGCACCACUUAGCCAAGCAAGCUCUGUUUGAGGAUGACUGUACUGUUUGGGUGGAAGAUACCCCCCAUUUUGUAUCAAAGCAGGUUCUUAUGGAUGUAAUCUCUAUGGAUAAUUGUCCAAAUCAAUGA